AUGAAAAGUUUAAAUCUUAUGCCUGAUUUUACUGUUGAUCUGCGAGAAUUAAAAUUUAUGACCUAGACGCAAUUUUGCGGUCUGCUCAGAACGUUGAUCAAAUCUAAUAAAUAUCUAGAUUGGUAUAACAGCAAGCACUGAGCAUUUCAUUAAAUAUGAAAGGAAAAUCGUGGGCACGUCCGCUAUAAAGGAGCAGGAGCAGAAAUUGAAGGAUUGGUAACCCGAGCGACGUACGUUUCUGCUUAUAGGCUUCAAUAGGCCCGAAUGGCUGUGCAUCGAAAACGCCGAAGUGAAAACUUGUGUCACUCUACCUGAACCUGACAGAAAACAAGGAUGGAAAGGGAAAUAUCAGGUAACCAAAUAAGGUCGUGCGGUUUUUAGUAGAAAAACAUAAAUCUUUAUUGAGAAAGAAUAAGACACUAUUUAUUCGUCGAAGUAAUUACCAUCACAUUCAAUGACCUUUUGCCAACGUGGAACCAGUUUUUGUAUGCCGGUAUUGUAGAACUCCCCUCAUACAGUUGUCAAGAGUCAAAAAAAGGUGCUAAUCACUGGGCGAAAUGUUGGGAGAAUAUGGCGGGUGUGGUAACGUUUCCCAGCCGAGUUAUGAAAUUUUUUCUCGGGUCACUUCUGCGGUGUGGGGCUUGGUGUUAUCCUUCAAGAAUAUCACUUUCUUCCGAUUUAUCAAGGAAGCUGUUUGUACUCGUUGAAGCUGCUCACAAUACAAGUUUGCAGUGAAGGUUUGACCCCUUUCCAAAAACUGAUAAUGGGCAAUUCCAGUUGCUGUCCUCCAAACACACAACAAAACCUUGUUUGGGUGCAAGGAAGUCUUGGGCGUGUGUGGUACCGAAUCAGUAGGCGACAACCAAUGAUACGAACUCUUAGAAUUCGAAUAUAAGAUCCAUUUUUCGUCGAAGGUUAAUAACCGAUUAAGAAAUGGUACAUUAGCGUUGCGUGAAAUGUUUGUUGAACAAAUGGUAAGACGACUUAAUUUCUGAUGAAGAUGCAAACGAAUAGUUUCAGGACUCACUCUGAACAUUUCUGCAAGUUCUUGGCACAUUGUGCUGGAAUUUGCGUCCACAACAUGUCGAAGAGCAU